UUGUCACAAAAUCCAUUUUUAAUAAAAUUAUAUUUUUCAGUCGCGAAGCUAACAGUUCCUGAUGAUCAGCCAUUCAACGUAGCUAAAUCAACGACAACUACCCAGCCCACCCCUGCCGAGAGGACGCCACAGACCCCUGUACCGGUAAAAGCUCCCCCAUCGGAGGUAUGCGAAGUUGGGUGGUUAGAAUUUCAACGUGACUGUUAUUACUUCAGCGAUGACAAACGCACGUGGAAUUCAGCACUAACACAGUGCCAUAACAUGGGAGGACAUCUUGCCAGAAUAUAUACUACCGAGGAAAACCGGUUCAUACAAGACACAGCCCGGAACAGAGAAGAUGGUGGUUCUUACGAUGGCUACUGGCUCGGAGGUUCUGACAUCCGGAAUGAGGGAGUAUGGGAAUGGCACGAGACACGUAAGGAGAUAGGACCGUUAUUCUGGCACCAGAGUGAACCGAAUAGUUUCCAAGGAGACCAGGACUGUCUCCAGUUGUAUGUUCAUCAUGGCUUCCAGUGGGACGACGAGGUUUGUGCUAUUCCAAGACACUACGUGUGUGAAAAACCCGCCAAAUUUGAUUGAGGUUGUACAAAUAUUAUGUGAUUUCUGUUUAAGUGUUUGAAAAUGCUUGAUGCUGUUUCUUAAUUCUUAAACCAUGCUUAGGCAUUGAAGCGUUGUCAGAUAAAGUGAUAAAAGUACAGAAUCCCAUCUGAUCAUCUGGCUUCACUCGCUCCCAUUAGAAUGGCUGGACUGUGAGAAAGUGGAAUUAUAUAAAGGAAGGAAUGACAAAAUGUUGGAUGGAAAACAAAACACGAUUCCUGCCGGUUGGAUGAGCGAGUCUACAUUGUAGUGUAGAUAACUAGAUUUAAGUAAAAUAUUUAAGAUUGUAUUAGUAAUAGACAUUUUCAAAUCGUUCAAAUCGAGGCGCUUUAUAAUACCAGUUUGUUAUAUAUAUACUCAAAACGAGGCUGUAUAUAACACUAGUUGGUGAAUAGAUAUUUUCAAAUCGAGGCUCUAUAUAACACCAAUUGGUGAUAUAAUUUCUGAAAUCGGGGCUCUUUGGAACUACAGUUGGGGAUAUGAAUUCUCAAAUCGAGGCUCUAUAUAACACCAAUUGGUGCCAUAACUUGUCAACUCGAGGCUCUAUUUAACAUCCGUAGAUGAUAUGAAUUCUCAGAUCGAGGUUCUAUAAAACACAAUUUGUGAUAGAUAUUUAUAAAUCCAGGCUUUAUAUAUGGACAAGGAUAUCUGAUAAUAUCCCUUAACUGUACAGGUACGAGACACUUCAAACUUUAACCAGUAAAAUCACUUUAGCUCCAGUGAUAUUUGGGGAGAUCGUAACAUACACCUAGGUGUAACCAUCAGUAGUGAUAUUUAUGCAUCACUGUAUGUAGAAUCGCAAUUAUUUUAUUUUCUACCAAAUAUAAUCUAUUUUCUUAAAGUUUCCAAUAGUUAUCACUCAGAAUGAUUCAUGCUAUGAUAAAUGACAUGUAUUUAUUCAAAGAUAUGGUAUAUUAUAAAUUCAAAUUACCUAAAACCAUUUGGUUCGAAUUAUCGUAACACUGUCUUUGUUGGAAGAAUUUUCAGACAGGGAUUGAUCAGAAGGCUGGUGACUUCAACCACGAUAACUACAAUGGUUUUGCAAAUCAAAGCAGUAUUCCACCAAAAUAAUCUCGCACAAACUAAGUGUAAUA